GUCACACUUCUGGCGGCUUCAGCCGUUGCCGUGAACGCAGACUGCGGUAUCCACUCGUUCGAGGAAGGGGGAAACUGGUUCUGUCAGGCUGUGAACAAGAUCGCCUACGACUCGCUCAAUGUUGCUGGGUCGUAUAAGGCUGUCAGCCAUAUGGAUUCAAAUGGAGCCUGCAACUUCGAAACAAAAGAAUACUCCGGCUCCAUUGCCCCGUUCGAUGAGGAGCUUUCGGUUCACAUUCGUGGGCCCACGCAACUUAAAACGUUCGCAGUGUAUACGCCCACCAAGUCGAAGAAGCGCGAAGUCCCCAGCUCCAAUGCGAAGCGUCAUGGCCACCAGCAUCUCCAUAAGAAACAUCGCGAGGCCCGUCAGCAGGAAAAGCGAGAUAUGGUAACGGCGACAAUCAAUGGCCAGGUCGUGUCGUGGGUAAAUACUAAUGGCGUCUCCACCCAGGCGGCUACAACAGCCGCUGUGACGACGCUUACGAAACAGUCAACUCCGGACAGUGUGGUAUCUGGGAACGAGUCUGUCGAGGAAGCACCAAAAGGCUAUGAGACUGCCAGCUCUGGCUCUAACAGCACGGACGGUGGUUCAUCUGCUGUCACUGGUGAUUACGAACGUAUUGCAUUCUAUGAGGCGGAGAGUCAAACGGCCGACGGAGUGGCCUUCCUCGGUAACUAUGGUGGUCAAGGUUCGGGUGUCUGGGAUACUACCUGGGGAAACAGCCUGUCCUACACCAGCGAGGAUGCUACGUCGGGAUUUGCUUCACCCACUAUCCUCAAAGAUUGCUUGGUGGGGGACAAUGUUGAAUACUCCAUCUGGACAGAUAAGGAGUGCGCGGAGGAAGAUGCCAGCUGCGGCUAUUAUCGCCCUGGCACCAUCGCUCAUCACGGUUUUGGUGGCGCCGACAAAGUCUUCCUGUUCGAAUUCCAGAUGCCCAUGUCUGGCAAAAAGGGGUUCAACGCGGAUAUGCCCGCCAUCUGGCUGCUGAACUCGAAGAUCCCCCGGACAAUGCAAUACGGAGACUGCUCUUGCUGGGGCGGCAUCGGCGAGGGAGGCUGUGGUGAAUUCGACAUCUUCGAAGCCUUGGCCUCUGGCGACACCAAGUGCAAGUCGACUUUCCACUACACUAACUCGAUUGGGAGUUCGGAUUACUUUGAACGUCCAAUAAAUGACUAUGUUAAGGUGGCCGUCGUCUUCCAGGCUUCAACCUCGACCGCUAGCAUCAAGGUUUUACCCGCUUCAACGGACUUCUCCACUUCUUUGACUACCGCACAGGUGGAAGAUAUGAUUAAAGAUGAUGAAGAAUUCGGCUUGUCGACUCUGAUGUCUAUCGUCUCGUGA